CUAAAUAACGUAUGAUAUACUAUAGCAACUAUUAAAAAUUUGGAAUCGGUGGUAUAGUUUUAUAUAUUGUAUCAUUGUCAUAUUUACAGGAUAGAGCGCAAGACGUUCGAAGAAGUUUUGUUUAAUCAGUCAAAUUGAUUGUUUUUUAAAAGUUUAUAUUCUAUUAAAAUAUAAAUCCACACGAGCAAAAAUGGUUUUAACGCCGCCAAAUCAACAACACCAACAAGCUAUCAAGAAUCUGUACUUUUACAAAGAUCCUAAAGAAACUGAAGAAGAUAUUGAUGCUUUGAUCGACUGGUUGUCUAAACAACCGCAUUUACCUAAUAUAACAGAUCGAGUAUGGCUGAGACAUUUUCUCAUUGGUCGUAAAAAUAAUUUGCAAAGGACGAAAAAAGUUAUUGAAUCAUACUUUACAAUUCGUAUAGAAGUACCAGAACUUUUCGAUAACAUGACUAGUGAUGCUGCAUGGAUUCAAAAGGCUGUUAAAGUUGGAAAAAUGUCAGUAUUACCAAAAUUGACACCGGAAGCUAAUCGCGUACACAUCAUUCGGUCAAUUGAAAACAAUGAUGGAGAAUUUGAUGCGAUGGCUAUGUGCAAAGGAUCAUUAAAAACGAUUGAUUAUUUAAUGCGUCGAGAACCCGUUUACGGAUUAAUAUUUUUGCUCGAUCUUAAAUAUUGCCAACUGUCUUAUUUAUUAAGCUUUACACCUACAUUAACCAAAAACCUAAUGCGAUGCAUAGACGAAGCUACGCCAUUGAGAGUAAGAGGUGUUCACUACGUGAAUCCACCAAAAUUUGUUUCACGUUUGGUGAACUUUUUCAAACUGUUCAUGCCAUCUAAAAUUCAAAACCGAAUUGUCAUUCAUGAAACCUACGACUCACUUUACGAAUUUAUCCCCAGAGAUAUGUUGCCAGACGAAUACGGCGGUACCGCGGGCAGUAUUGAGAAAUUUGAAAACGAUAUCAUAGAGGAGUCAAAACAGGACGACGAAUGGUACAGAAAUAUGCCAAAAGCUGAUUUAUCAAAACGACCAGUACAACCGAAAAAGAUUGAUAUGGAUAUGAGCGGUACGUUCAAGAAAUUGGAUAUUGAUUAAACCGAAAUUUAUCACAGAAGACAGAAGAUUAUAUAAUGUGGUUCACAGUAGACUAUAAAUUAUACUAACUAGAAACUUGAAGUCUUUGGUGAAUAAUAUACAUUAAUUGAAACAAUAUGAAUACGAAAUAGUAUAACAGUAUUAAUAGUAUACUUAUAACUUUUAAUAAUAUAGAUAGGUACAUGGAUAG